UAUAACGUCAUUACCCAGAGGCCCUGGCGGAGCGAGCUGCGCGUGUAGGCCGGUGUGUUCUGCUCCAUGCUUUAGAAACAACACAAUCCCUGCAAAUUCUGGGAGGUUUCUCCUGUUUACUAAUACUAUCCACUGACAGGAGCUGUUUUUUUUUUGGAAGGAAAGGCUCUAAGGGGUUGAGUGCUCGAUUUAUGUAUUCAUUGUCCUCUAGAAACGCCUGCUUCUUGUUUUUGUUUUCACGUCAGUGACACAGUUCGCAGUGAAAGCAGCUUGCUCAGAGAGAGCGAGAGCUGUUUUCUCUGUAGAGUUUGCCCGUUUAUCAUGUCCACCUGAAUCACAGAUUGUUGUCAACAAUGGAUCACUCUUUUUGCUGAGAUCAAAUCUUCAAGAAUUAUAUUACUAGUAAUUUCGACGCAAGCUUGAAAACAGCCCUAAAGUUGUGUUGAUUUUUGAGUAAAUUUAUUACGUCCACCGUUAUGAAUCCUCCUCAGAAACGUUUUAUGGGAAAGUUGUGACUAAAAAUGAUGUCGGUACUUAUAGAAACCAAGGUUGCCUUGAUCAGAUGAUGGAAGAGGAAACAGCAGUGGUGUCUUCCAAUGAAAUGACAAAGCUACAAAGCCCUACUCAUGAUAACACUUCUGUACCUACUGUGACAACAGCAGAAGUUUCAAGUGCUGAAACUACUUCGAAAGCUGAAUCGCCACGGCAACAACCUCAAGCAGUUACCAUGACCAGUGAUGUGUCAUCCUUCAGUUCUGUUCAUGUGCAGCAAAGUCCAGCCUUUUCAAAGAUGCGCAGUUUACAACUAACCUCUGUAUCAGAGCCAAUUCAGGCGAACCCACGUAAGAUGCUUGUUAGAAGUCCAGCAGUACGGAGUACUUCAUCACCCCCCCUGCCCCCUGACGACACCUCUGAGGUCAUUACACAUUCCUGUGUAACAAACACUAGCUUUGAGUCAUGUCAUUCAUUUGAUAGUGGCAUUGUCAGCGAGUUUUCCUCACGGCCAGAAAAUGCAGGAAAAUCCUCCAAGCAAGGCUCAUUUUCAAGAGAUAACUCCUUUGAAUAUACUGACUCGACGGGUACUGACCUAAAUGAAUUUAUUAUCAAGACUCUUAAAAAUCCAAGGGAUAGAAAGUUUGUCAUGAAACUUGAACAUGAUUUUCUCAACUUCAUACAGGAUCCAUUGACUAUUUACAUAAACUAUCCCCCAAUGACAUCCUAUCAUCGCAUGAUAGUGCAUCGGGUGGCAGCCUACUUUGGCAUGGACCACAAUGUUGACCAGCAGACAGGGAAAUCAGUCAUUAUUAACAAAAGUGUCACAACAAGAAUCCCAGAGCAGCGUUUUGCUGAUCUUGUGUGCUUAUCAAGAGAAGAGUCCGAAGACUCAGAAGGGGCAAUGCCUAGGUCAAUACUGAGACGGCAGAACACACCAUCGGAUGAUAGUACCCCACCUAAGGUUGACAGUCCCAUAAUGAUGCUGGGAGGUAUGGAAAGAUCUAAAUCAAUAGAAGAGAGGGAAGAAGAGUAUGUAAAAGCGCGGCAAAGAAUAUUCAACAACCCUAAUUCCCGACAGUCAUCGCAGUCUUCACAUUCAUCAAAGGGAGACAGUGAUAUGCCGCACCCUCAGAUUCUUACAAGGGAAGAGGCAGAAUUCCUCCAGGCAUUCACAGAUGAAAUGACCCCUAGGAUACUCAAGUCCAGGUCAUUUGACGAGAGAACAAUGGACAGACCUCCUUUUACUGGGCCAGGAAUUCAAAUCCUGUCCAACAAGCAUAGGCUUCUUCCUCGAUCCAAGAGCACCCCAGCCUACGGACAUUCCGAUAUGCCGGCUAGUCUAGCAAGUGCAAAGCACCUGAGUGGGUUCUCUGGUGUCCAGUACUGGUCCCCAGAGGGUGUGCCAUUAGUUGCUACUACACUACCAACAGGGGAAAUGGUCAUGACUCCAGGAGUUUUGCCAGUUAUGGCUACUGGACCAGCAACCAUGCCAUCUGCAGGUGGUAUGAUUUGGUCAUCAGCUCCUCCAGACUAUGUGACUCAAGACGUCAUGCUAAUCAACCCUAACACAGGCUCCCCAGCUCUUGGGCCAGAUGGCCAGCCACUCAUUGUGCAGCAAGCCUAUCAGUCCAUGGUGGUAAAGUCAGGCAGCGCUCACGCCGGAGUACAGCCCCACCCAUCCCAAGGGUCACUGCAGCCGCAAGGUACCCAUUACCCCCAAGGAGUCGCUGUGUCGGGAGCUUCUGCAUCAGGGCAGAUGAUGAUGCAGUCACCAUAUAUGGGCACGUCUCCACAGCCUGUAUAUGUAAUGCAACAGCAGGCCAGACCACCUUUUAAUCAGCCGCAAAUGGGGUCAGAAGGAGUAGGCUCUAGCCAGUGGCAGGCGGGGGCUACACCCCUUUCCUCGCCAUAUCAGGACAUGACAGGCCAAAUGGCAGCACUCACUGUGAGUGGGCAGCCACUAGACGCUGAUGUGGCAUACCACGAGGAGUCUGUUUCCGUGGCAUCGUCUUCUGCAGCAAUACCAAUGUACGGUUCUACCAUGGCCCAGGCCAGUCUACCAGGACAGCCUGGACAGUACCAGUAUGUAAUCCCAACUCAGCCUGGCAUCCCGUCACAAUUCAUAUCCCCUGGCCAGGCACCGCAUAUGGUGUUACCACCUGGAUCCCCAGUCCAACAAGUUCCUGGAUACCAGCCAGCAUACUUACACACACCCUACCAGCCACAGUAUGGGCUAAACAAAGAUGUCGCAACACUUUCUCACGCACGUUCCCACACUCCACCUACACCACCACGCACAUCCUCGCCUGCACUCGCUCAAGCGUACACCCAACCCACAAUGCAAGUGAGCUCUCUCCCCAGCCAUCAGGGAGCACCUUUUAGGCAACCACAAGCUGCCCCUCAAGCGAUGCCCUCCAUGGUGCCUAUGUUGAUGCAGGGUGGACACCCGGUCCCUGUAGGCGGCAUGGUACCCUACGCGUAUGCACCUCCAGUGUCAUACCAGCCCUUUCAGGUCCAAGGCAAGUAUCAGCAGGCUCAGAAGAGGGGUUAUGGCCAAGACAGAAGGCAGCAGAAGACAUCUGAGUUUUAUAGUACUGAGGGCGCUCCUAUAGCCUAUGGUGAACCUGGUGUUGUAGCUAUGGACAGGAAUCUUUAUGCUCAGCAGAGAUUCGGACAAGUAUCCGUAGGAGUACAGUACCAGGCUAAAUCUAAGUCUAAGCAGACUUACAAGAAAGGCCAAGGUUCUCGUAGCAACAGCGGCGAGUCUGGGACAAUGGAGCGCCAGAGCAGCGCCAAGUCUUUAGACUCUGAUAGUGCACCAUCCAACGUGCUUGAAGUCUACGAGCUGUCAGUGGGCAUAAAACCCAGCGAAGUCGAGAUUCUCUUGGAAGAGCUCAAAUCCUCGGGUGCUCUUUUAGAGUGGCCACAAGAUGCUUCUACUACGCCCGAGACAGUAAUACGGGCCGUAUUCCCUAGCCCGUCUGCCGCAGAACACGCCCUGUCUUUGGCUAGCAAAGGUGGCUUCAAGCUGCGCUACCCAGGUGCUGUCCGCAUCGCUGCGCAAACCGCAGAGGUCGGCACUCCUGAGGCCUCGAACUCUUAGCUAGGAAUUUUUACGUUUCAAUAAGUAUUUUAUUUUGUAUUUUGAUUUUUAUAUGGCUGUUUGAAGAAGCCUUCAGGAUUUGAUCCCGUAUAGGAGCAGAUAGCCGCUAGAUGCUCGAUAAUUAUUAUAAGGGGAAUUUGAGAAAAGUGGAAAACCUCUAGAGAUGUAAGAAAUGCCUUAAUUAAAUUACCAUAACAAAUCCGA